UCGAGGCCCGCAAUCACGGUUUACGCCGUCGAUCGAAUGUCCGCCCGCUGCACCACCGGCAAAACCGUCCUCCGCUGAGUUAGGGUUUCUAUCCGAUUCACUGCCCCAAUGGCUGAGUCCGCGCUGCAACUCGUAUCCGAAAUCGGCACCCACCUCCGCCGCCAAACGCGCCCAAACAAGGACUUCAUCGUCAAAUCUCUCCGACAAGCUGCAAGUGCUUUGUCGCAGUUAGAACAGGCUUCUUCGGCUGAAGCUUGUAAGAAGUUGGAGCCCCUGAGAGAAGCUAUUGUGCAUGGCUUGCUUCAGCAUAGGGAUAAGGACGUCAGGCUUCUUGUGGCCAUCUGUGUAACUGAAAUGUUUCGGGCUAUGGCACCCGAACCCCCUUUUGCGGACAAAUAUCUAAGGAACAUUUUUAAACUCAUUAUCAGCACGUUCGUCGAGCUAGCUGAUAUGGAGAGCCCGCUCUUUUCGAGGAGGGCCAAAAUAGUAGAGACUGUUGCGCGAUGUAAAUGUUGUGUGAUCAUGUUGGAUGUUGACUGCAAUGAUCUAGUUCUCGAAAUGUUCAAUGUCUUCUUCUCUGUUGUGAGGCAACAUCAUCAGCAGAGUUUGAUGAAUGAUAUUUUGUCUAUAAUGGUUCAUAUACUAAACGAGGAAGCUUCUCAGCCACUUUUGGAUGUGGUUCUACGAAAUCUUGUGAAGGAGGCAAAGGAUGCAGAUUCUGCUUCUUCUCAGCUUGCAGUUUCUGUGAUCCAAACAUGCGCAGACAAACUUGAGUCCUUUGUUUGUGGGUUUCUGACAUCUUGUAUUUUGGAUGGAGAUGCUGAUGGGAGUGAGCUCAAGGAAUUUUACCAUGAAAUCAUUUUUAAAAUUUUUGGGUGUGCUCCUCAGAUGCUUCUUGCUGUCAUGCCAAAUUUGACUCAAGAGUUACUGACUGAUCAGGUUGAUGUCCGACUAAAAGCCGUUAAUUUAAUUGGAAAACUUUUCACACUGCCUGAUCACCAUAUUGCACAAAGGUAUCAUGACCUCUUUGUUGAGUUUUUGAAAAGAUUUUCAGAUAAAUCUGCGGAUGUUAGGGUUAGUGCUCUGCAAUGUGCUAAAGUUUGCUACAUGACCAACCCCUCUGGGGCAGAAUCACAAGAAAUUCUCCCUGCCCUUGAAAGUCGGCUACUAGAUUUUGAUGAUAGGGUGAGAACACAGGCAGUGAUUGUUGCCUGUGAUCUUGCCAUUUCUAAUAUGAGAUGCUUUCCUCCCAAAAUAAUAUCUCAGACCACUGAAAGACUUAGGGAUAAGAAGAUACCCGUUAGAAAGAAAGCUUUGCAGAAGUUGAUGGAAGUAUAUCGAGAUUAUUGUAACAAAUGCUUUAAAGGCUCUUUGACAAUCAGUGACCACUUUGAACAGAUUCCUUGUAAAAUAUUGAUGCUAUGCUUUGAUAAAGAUUGUAUGGAUUUCAGGUCCCAAAAUAUGGAGCUUGUUCUUGCAGAAGAUCUAUUUCCAGCUGGUCUUUCAGUUCAUGAAAUUACAAGGCACUGGAUCCACUUGUUUUCUCUUUUCACCCCACUUCAUAUAAAGGCUUUGAACUCUAUUUUAUCCCAGAAACAAAGGUUGCAAAGUGAGAUGCAAACUUAUUUAGCCAAUCGAAAGAAAGAGAAGGGGAGUAAUUCAGAAGAGAUGCAGAAGAGAUAUAAAGUUCAGUUCUCAAAAAUGGCAGUCUCCUUUGCAGACCCUUCAAGAGCAGAAGAGUGCUUUGAAAAAUUUAACCAAAUGAAAGAUAAUAACAUUUUUAAUUCACUGGCUCUGCUAUUGGAUGACCUGAAAUUUAAAGAAGCCCGUGCAAGCAGAGACAAAUUUCUGAAUAUGAUUGGCGGGAAACAUCAGAAUUUUGAGUUUUUACGAACACUUUCCUCAAAAUGCUCUUACAAUAUAUUCAGUGCAGCGCAUGUUCGCUGUAUUCUAGAUGAUCUAUCCGGUAACAGUCCUGGAAAGACAAACUUGGAGGCUUCUUCUGUCAGACUUCUGCUGUCAAUCACCAGCUUUUUCCCAACUCUCUUAAGAGGUUCAGAAGUGCAACUUCAGAAGUUAUUAAAGGAGACGGACCCAAUUAAUGAUAAGUUGAUUGAAGUUUUAGCCAAAGCAGGCCCUCACAUAUUUGUUAAACUCAGUGAAAUCUACCCCUUUCUGAAGAGGGUUUGUCUGGAGGGGACUCGCGUUCAGUCAAAAUAUGCUGUUUCAGCAAUUGCUGCUUUAGCUGAUCAUUCAAAGCAAUUGAUUUUCCAAGAUCUAUGUAAGGAACUUGUGGAUUCUCUACUAGUUGGGCAGAACAUACCAACAGUGUUACAGUCCUUGGGGUGUCUUGCACAGCAUUCUGUUUCAACAUUCCAAAGCCAAGUUGGAGAGAUCACCCAUUAUAUAUAUCAAAAAAUAUUCCAAGUGAACUCUUCAGAUUUUAUAGACUCCUGUGAUGAUGCGUCCGGGUCUAGUGAUUCUUGCAAAUUAAAGAUAUAUGGCCUGAAAACACUUGUCAAGAGCUUCUUGCCACACAGGGGAACUCACACCAAACAGCAAAUUAAUGAGCUUGAGGACAACACCAAACGGCAAAUUGAUGAGCUCUGGGACAUUUUGUCAACAAUGCUGCAAAAGGGAGAAACUGCUGAGGGUAUCACCUCAUGUGAAAGUGAUAAGGCUUGUAUUAGAUUAGCUGCUGCAAAGUCUGUC